AUGCGCGCCACGGCCCUGCCAGCCUCAAGGCACAGGGCUGGCGGUGCACACGCCCAGUGGCAGAGGUCGAGGCGGCCAUGCCCGGGCCCAACUAGGCACCACCAUGCAGGACCCCGCCGGCGCGGCGCGGGCGCCUGCGAGGCUUCAGCGCAGGUUGUCGGCGCCUUCGCAGCCGCCGCCGUCGCGCCCAUCGCGCUCGACAUCCUCCAGGCGCUGCUUGCGCGCCGCGUUGGAAAGGAGGGCUGGAUUGAGGGGUACAAGGGCAUCCCGAGGCCGCCGUUCGCGCUCCCAAAGUGGGUCACAAGCGCCGGCUCGCUCCUCCUGCAGGCUGGGUGUGGGUUUGCUGCAGUGGCGCUGUGCGGGGAGACGGUGGCGGUGUCGGCCGCGCGCAAGGCCGCGGCAUGGUGCGCGGCGUGCAUCGCCAUCAACAACACCCAGCUGCUGCUGCUGUCGCUGGCGUGGCCGCGCGUGUUUCCCAGUGUGGCGUGGGCGGCGGCGCGGCUGCUGUCAGCGGGGGUGGCGUGGAACCUCGCGAGGGCCGCGUGCGGACCCGACUCGAUCGUCUCGCAUUUGCUGCUCCCCGGCAUCGCGUUCUCGGCGUACGGCCUGCUGCUGCAGACGUGCACGUGGCGCGCACAUCGCCAGCGCGCCGGCGACGUGUGA